AUGGAUUCAAAGAGUGGUGUCCGUGACACCACUACUGAUGCGUCAUCUGUCAUUGGCCAGAUUAUGAUGAAUUCUAUGGGUGAUCAGGUUAUAAAUCAUCUUACGGAAUUAUAUUGGAAUAUAAUAUUAUUAUUAGAAUCUCAGUUUAUGGUUUCAAACGUUGAAUUAAGAAAAUUUAGACAAAGUUUAAUUAAUAAAUUUAGUUGUAAGAUUAAUAAUAAAAAGACAAAAUUACAAAAUUAUUCAUCUUUAUGGAGAUCUAUUGGUGAUGAAUAUUUUAUAAUAUAUUUACCAGUACAUUGUAAUGGAAUAUUAUAUGCAAAACGUAAUAGUUCAUGCUUACAUGUUCCAUUAUCUAAUCCUUUGUCACUUUUCUCUAAUACUCAAGCAAGUUUUAAAGACUUAUUAUUAAUCUUAUUAGAGUUUGCAUUUACUCAUAAUUGUAACUCAUUAAGGAUAUAUUUCCAAAAGGAUGCUCAAAGUGAUAAUAUGGAAUCAAUAAAUAGUUUUAAAAAAAUAUUAAUGAAUCUGAAUUGGAUCGGUGGGAAAAUUGUUAAGAAUGAAAAUAGAGAUUCUUGUUUAGAACAAAUGGAUUUCGAUGAUUUAAUGACAUCUGAUGAAAAAUUUCUUGUCCUGGAAUUUGAAUGUUAG